CAUGAAACUCUCUAUGCAGAAAGAGAGAACGAGAGAGAAAGAAAGAGAGAGAAAGAGUAGUUUAGUUCUCCGCGUCUCGAAGAUUACGCGCGAGUCGCGUACGGUGUUUCACGAGAGCAGAGUAGUUAGAGCGAGGUCGCUUGUGCUUUUCUACGCGAUGUCUCAUUCGUGUCUUCUUCCUAUUUUCCAUUGACCUCAUCCUUGCCCUUCUUCGUAUUAUUCUGCGUUUUAAUGUUCGCCAAUUGAUAAACGUGCAUAAGAAAUUCGUGUUUUAAAUAAUCGUCGUUAAUAUCAUCGUGUCGUAUAUAUAUUAAAAGGAGACAAAGUGAAAAGAAGAGAAAAAGAGAGAGAGAAAGAGAGAGCGAACGAGAGAGAGAGAGAGAGAGAGAGAGAGAAAGAGAGGUGUGAAAAGGAUAACCCAAACAAAGAGUAACAGAGAUAUAGAUAGAAAGAGAGGAAUAAGAAAAUAAGUUUUGUGGUUUUUAAAAAGAAAAAAAAAAUAAAUAAUAGAAUCGCGAAGGAUAGAAAGAGAGAAAGAGAGAGAGAAAGAGAGAGAGAGAGAGAGAGAGAGAGAAAGAGAGAAAAGAAGAAAGAACGAAAGAAAGAAAGAAAGAAAAGGAAGAAAGAGAACGUCUAAUAUGCGGGACGUCAUUGGGUCGAGCGAGCGAGCUCCGAGACAAAAUGGGGCCCGUUGAUCGGGCCCGGAAGAGCGCUGGGCUCCGAUCACUAACGGAGGUAUGGAUGUCAUCGGGGACGGGGACGAGCAGACCCUCCAGGCGAUUCUAGGUCGAGGCGACUUCGUUGGAGGAAUUGACAACGAAGCCUUUGACUUUUCGCAGUUGGAGGAUUUCAUUAACAGCGACAGCGAACAACCAGCAACAUAUUUCGCGGACACUCUCGCGGCAGAAGAAAACGGGAGUGGAACGACGAGUCAUGGCGAUCGAGUUGAAGCAACGGGUAGUCAGCAAACACCACAACGUUUACCUUCACCGAUCGCUCACAAUCAUGCUGUGUCGAACGCAUGUUCUUCUGGUACCACCACUACCACCGUCCCAACCGGUACCGCCUACAAAGAUCCACAAUCGUACGUUCAUCCACAUCCGUUGCCAGAAAGUCCACCGGACAGUGGAAGCGAGCCACCAUAUUCUCCGCCUGGACACCAUGAUCCCCAACACGUUCACUCGCCACAUCAAAAGGCGGCCUUACAAGAAAUACUUUUACAUCACCAAGGUAAUACAUCCAAUUAUCCAGGCAAUUUGUUACCAUCCUCACCAAGAACAUUGGCCACAUCUACUGACCCCUUAUUGUUGACACAUCCGGUCUUAACUCCUCAUCUUACAUCAGGAACGACGAAUUUAUCGACUCAACAACAAAUAGCACCAACCUUAGUACCGUUGUCGCACGAACAUGGUAACGAUGGUAUUAACACGUUAUACUCGUCUCUUCAGUCAGCACCUAAAAAGAGAAAACUUAGUCAGGAUGGGCUUGUUCAUGUCAAACAGUCUUUGCAUAAGGAGCCGGAACUUGGUACGGUGGAACAUAGUUGCAGCAGUAGCAGUGCUGUUCUCGAUGGUGACGAAGUUGCUGACAGUAAUUACAUUGAUCCAAGUUAUCAAUGCAUACGAUUUCAUCCCUUUCAACAAACUUCUUGGCACGUACUUUGUGAUCAUAAUCUUAAAGAACUUCCUGUACCGCAUUACAGAGUCGAUGCGGAUAAAGGAUUUAAUUUUAGUAAUUCUGACGAUGCUUUUGUUUGCCAAAAGAAGAAUCAUUUUCAGAUCACUUGCCAUGCACAAUUACAAGGCGAAGCUGUAUUCGUACGAACUGGUGAAGGAUUGAAGAAGAUAAAUAGCUUUCAAUUACAUUUUUAUGGUGUUAAAGUCGAAUCGCCGACGCAAACUAUCAGAGUAGAACAAAGUCAAAGCGACAGAAGUAAGAAACCCUUUCAUCCUGUUACCGUUGUUUCCAGGGUGGAUUUAGGCGGCGAACGUGUUACGAAAGUAACAGUCGGCCGCUUACAUUUUAGUGAAACAACGAGUAAUAAUAUGCGUAAAAAAGGAAAACCAAAUCCAGAUCAAAGAUAUUUUCAUUUGGUUGUUGGUCUUCAUGCUCAUACAGCAGACCAAGCCAGUUAUCAAGUCGUUGCACAUGCAUCGGAAAGAAUAAUCGUUAGGAACCAGCAACAUUUUGUACAGGCAAGUAAUCCAGGGCAAUUUGAAUCUGAGGGUAGUGGUGUCGGAGCUGAAGGAGGAUGGCAAAGAGGUGCUGCACCUGAUAGCGUUUAUCAUGCUGGCCGAGUUGGUAUUAAUACGGAUAGACCGGACGAGGCUCUUGUAAUUCAUGGGAAUAUGAAGGUUACUGGUCAUAUAGUUCAACCAAGCGAUGCAAGAGCUAAACAAAAUGUUCAAGAAGUGGAUACACGUGAACAAUUGAGAAAUGUACAACAGCUUCGUGUUGUAAGAUAUCGAUAUGCUCCAGAAUUUGCCUUACAUUCAGGUUUGGGAAUAAAACCACAAGAAGAUACCGGUGUUAUAGCUCAAGAGGUACAACAAAUUUUACCGGAAGCUGUACUUCCGGCCGGCGAUAUUGUUCUUCCAAAUGGUCAAAGAAUUGAAAAUUUUUUGGUCGUUAAUAAAGAACGAAUAUUCAUGGAAAAUGUAGGGGCCGUGAAAGAACUUUGUAAAGUAACAGAUAGUUUGGAAACUAGAAUAGAUCAACUAGAAAGAAUAAACAAACGCCUUGCUAAAUUAAAAAGAGGCGACAGUCUUAAAAGUUCCGUCAGUACGGUAUCUAGCAUAUCGAGUAAUAAAUACUCAUCGCCUACUAAUAACAAAUCGUCUAUCCUUGGAAAAACAAAAAGGAUUGAAAGAGAGGACGAACUUUUAUGCAGUAAUAAAUUUAUACAAAUUAUUAUCGUUAUACUUAUAUUGAUCAUGGCAUUUUGUCUCGUUGCAAUGGCAACAUUAUAUUUUUUGGAAUAUCAGAAACGUAGUAGCCUCGAAUGGUCUACAAUGGCAAGUAAAGAUAUGCUGGCUGUGAAACCUGUUCAUCCAGCAAUGUUAUCAACAACUCCAACAUACGAUCCUAGAUUGAAUUCUUUAUUACAUAGUACAAUAUCUUCUUUAUAUACAAAACACGGUCCGUAUACGAGAGGUUUAGACGGUGGAUUAUCCUUAAAAAGUAAUUCAUUAACAACACAAACGCCUAACACGAAACAACAAUUAUAUUCGCAAGAAAUAACUUCGUGGUAUCCGAUAAAUCAUUCGGGACCACAACCAAAGCUCGAUAAAAAUAACGAAUUUCCUGGGAAUUGGUUGAGUAAAAACGGUGCAGGUGCCAUUCCUAGUAAUGUAGACGAAAAUGAUCAAGGAACAGACGUUGAUGCAAUAUCAAACAAGGAUCCGAUUCCUUUAGGAAGACCAAUUGAUUGUCCUGCACAUUUUAGUGAACUCGAAAGUCCAUGUCAGAUUUAUUGUUGCUCUGCUGAAAUUCAUCAAUUGGAAGAUCCACAACCAGAUCAUCCACCAGAGAAAAAAUCUAUUUCAGAUCAUCUGGAGCAACCUUUAAAUAUUCAUGAAGAGAAGCGUAAAGUAAGCAAAGGUUUUCAAAAUGGCAUUAAUCCAUCUGAUCCUAGCACACAAACUCUCGUAAAAGAGAGCAAUUACAAAUAUCUACAUAAAAGGACAAAACGAGAAACUGUUGGUGCAGAUUGGGGAGAAGUAGCUAGUAACGCUGCUGGUUCUUUACCACCAGAACCUAAACCCCAAUUGUUUAUAGUUGCCAAAAGCUUUAAUGUCUCCUUAGAUCAACGAUAUUGCACUGCUGCCUCACCAAAUACUCCAAACAAUAUUAGUUGUAUUAUACCAUUAUCUAAACAUAUGCCUGAUAUGCAUCUUACGUUACACUUUCUUGGUAUGCCUUGGUUUUGGCAAACGGUGCAACAAUGUCCAGUAUCAUCGACAUCUAUUGACGAAACAAUGGUAUGCGGUUGGACUUAUACUUUGCAACAACAACAAACACAAUAUAUUGAAAAUAACAAUCAACCAGGCGAUCAAUCUUUUCCUUUGGAUGUAGCACAUUAUCUCAGGAAAACGUUAAAAUUUCGUGUACCCACUGUACAGCCCCAAGAAAAUAUCUGUAAGAAUCAACACGGCGUUGAUUAUUUAGAAUUCACAUUGCACUUUUAUCGGGACUGCAAUGAAUAAUUUUUCAUCACAUGAAUUAUGUUUUACCAUGAUAUAGAAAGAGUGACACAGAAUUUCAGUGUACAAUUCAAUCAAUCUCAACAGUAAGUGAUAAUAUUUACAAUAAACCUGAUUGUAAAUCUCUCCCGUGCCUUAGGAUACUCUGUAAUUCUUUUUAUGUCCUCUCUCUCUCUUUCUCUCUCUUUCUUUCUCUUUCUUUUUCUCUCUCUUUCUCUCUCUUUCUCUUUCUCUCCUCUCUCUCUCUCUUUUUCUCUCUCUCUCUGUCAUAAAAAUUUAAACAGAUAUUUAAUACAUGGGCAUUAAAUUUUGAACAAACUGCACAUAGUAUUUUGUAAGUAGUUAUAUAUUUUAUAUAUUUUCAUAACGAUCUAUGGCAAAUGUGUCAGAUAUCAUUAUCCAAUGAAACAUAAUUGUUCAAAACUUUUUAUUUUAAUCUAAUAGAAGUUGGAUGAUAAGUGAUGAAUGUAUACUGAAAAAAAUGAAAAGAAAAAAAUGUUUUAAUUUAUAAAUAAUUACAGACAAACAAAUUUGCAUUAUGACAUAUGUAUGUAAAAUUAAUUUGAUAUUACAUCAUAGCUAUCUUUUUUAAUAUAUUAAGCGCAAUUGUAAAAUCAUAUCGAAUCAAAUAUCAAUUGAUUUGGUGAAUACUCCUUUGAAAUGAUACAUAACUAACGAAGGAGAAAUUUUGUCAUAUAUAUCAUUAUUUAUUAUUAAUUACAUACUUCUAUAAUACUGUCAUUAUCAAAUACUUUUGAUAUUAUAGGAUUUCAAGUUCCUAGAAACAAUAUAUGUAAUAAAAAAAUUUGUUUUUAAAACAAAUUAUUUUAAGAUACUUACAAUUAAUAAUGCAUUCAUACAUGAUCCUAAUUUUGUUUGGGCUUUAAUUAAACUUAUUAUGUAUUAAUAUGUAUUACCUCUUCUUUUGUACAAAAUUAAAUUAUCACAAUUUUUUUUAUUUAAAAUCCUCAUGUAUUGGAAUAUGCAAUGGAAAUGUCUAUUGUUAUGUAAUUAAUUAUAAAAAAAUAUAAUAUUAUUAAUUAACACAAAGAAGAGAACAAAGAAAAUAAUAUAAAAGAAAUGAUUGUGAAAACAUUUCCUUUUCAAUCAAUUUUAUAGAAUUAUUUGUAACAAUUUGUUACAUGAACAUUUUUAAUUUUUAUUUCUUAGAAGAAAAAAAAAAUAUUAAGAACUAGCAAGUUACGUGCAUUGUAUCACUUACUGCCGUCCAUAUAUUUUUUUUUUUUUUUUUUUUUUUUUUGGGGCAA